AAAAGAUAUGAUAACCGGAGGGCGGGCUGAUAGCGAAAAGUCGUGGAAAGAAUCUAAUGCACGACUAGAGCGCGUCAGACAAGAAGGAAAUGAUAAGCGCGCCAUAAAAGUGGAGCUCAUGUAAUCGAGCAAUGCAAAACACAGAAUCAGAGUGUAAGUUUGGAUUUUGUUUUGCGACUGUUAACUUUUUUAUGCUUUGGACUGAUUAAAAAGCCUUUUUUCAUGUAAAAUAUACAUCAAGUAGCCUACUGAAAUUCUUCAGUUGGGAAAGCUUUAUUGCCGGAGUCUCCAUACCGAUUUAAGGACUUAAAACCGGAUACGUGGUGCAGCACAUCAGGCACCCUGUUACCCUCAACUAUGUCCAUGCCACCAGUCUUUGGAUUUACCCAAGAACAGGUUGCCUGUGUCUGUGAGGUCCUUCAGCAAGGUGGGAGUAUCGAACGUCUCGGGCGCUUCUUGUGGUCUUUACCUGCUUGUGAGCACCUCCACAAAAACGAGAGUGUUUUGAAAGCCAAAGCCGUGGUUGCUUUUCACCGUGGCAACUUCAGAGAGCUCUACAAAGUUUUAGAGAGCCACCAGUUUUCUCUGCAUAACCACCCUAAACUGCAACAGCUCUGGCUGAAAGCGCACUACAUCGAAGCGGAGAAGCUGCGUGGUCGACCACUGGGAGCCGUGGGAAAAUACCGCGUGCGCAGGAAGUUCCCUCUACCUCGCACCAUCUGGGAUGGAGAGGAGACGAGUUAUUGUUUUAAAGAGAAGAGCCGGUGUGUUCUUAAAGAGUGGUACACUCACAACCCCUACCCUUCUCCAAGAGAUAAGAGAGAACUGGCCGAGGCAACGGGCCUCACCACGACGCAGGUCAGCAACUGGUUCAAGAACAGGAGGCAGAGGGACCGUGCCGCAGAGGCCAAGGAAAGGGAAAACGAGAGCGCAAAUCCAAACAACCACAACCCAUUGACCUCUCACGUGAACGAAAAUAAAUCUCUAUGUGAAAGUUCAGAGGAAGACAAAUCUCCCGCGGCGACCCCGGAUCACCCUUCCAUGAGCCCAGCCAUCCUGAUGCCCUCAAGUUCAGGUCUGCCACCCCUACACAGCUUUGCGCCCCCACCCGGCCCCAGCGCCUCCAUCAUCCCCGUUAACGGCUCAGACACUCACCACCACUUCUCCAUGCACGACGGCCUUCUCAACCCCAUGACGGCAAGCCUGGUGGAACUCGGAUCAUAACAAGUGAAACUCAUGAUCUUUGACUUUUACCCACAAAUAACUAGCGAGCUAUCGUUAUCAUAUACCAGACAUUUUAAUAUUCAAGUUUAGAGGACAUUAGCCAAAAAACAAACAAACUUCCAGAUGUCGGGAAACGUCCGAUUGUAUCUAACCUUUGUAAAGAAUGAAGUUUCCAUCGAAAAUGACUGUCACAAUUCAUUAUAAUCAAAGGAUAG